ACUGGAAGUUCCAGUCUUAUUGUGGCGAGCUUCCGUAGAUUCAGUCAACACUGUUGAAGAAAAUGAUAUGCCUUUUGGUUCACACAGCGUUAACGCGUGUAGGGUUCAUUCGCCGCCGAGAAAUACAUUACAUGAAGCAAAACUGAUUUGAAUUAACUGAGUAAUCAUCAAAGGGCAGGAGUUCAUUUUCUCACAGAAAAACAAAGCUGGAACAAACGCAAAUGCAGUCCUGCAGAUGCCUGACUGACCACAGGGGGGCGUAUUAUGAGGAUUUUUUGUAGCUGAGUGGAAGAAUGCCCUUUCUGAAGUACAUCACCACAAGAUCAAGAUCAAGAUCACUCACUGAGCAGCACAGGGUCAGGCAGAAAGAAGAGGAACUCAGUGGACUGGAGUUUGUCCACAUGGCAGAGACAGAGACAGGGUGUGCUGCACCAGGACUCAACACACUGGAGACAGAGUGUGUUACAGCACACAGCGGGGUCAGUGAUGUACACCACACACAUGCACCACUGAUUAAAACAGAAACUCAUCUGGGCUCCACUCAUGCUGGGCAUCUUAAGAUGGAGAACCUUGCCAGUACAGAGCUGGGAUAUGUAACCCAUCUGCAUCCUGACCAAAUCAAAGCAGAGACUGCCGAUGGAGGAUACCUUAAGGCAGAACACAUCAGUGAUUUGCAGGAUUUUAAUUGUGUGAAAAUUGAAUUCGAUAGGAUUAAGUGUGAAUCCAGUGAAAGUUUAGUGAGUAAUCUCAUAAAUACUGUGAUGAAUGGAGCUGGUGUUGAUCACAAAGACCAGGCUGAAUCAGGGCAAUGUGCAGGAGAGCCAAAUCCACACUGUAAAAAAGAAGAAAUUCAUCAUUUGCAAACCCCAUGUAGGGACUUAAAUCAUCACUGUGACAAAAACAAUGAAAAUAAUCAAACCAGAAUUGUACAGAAAGAUACUAACGGUGGAAAAAAACAUAUACAUUGUCAGAAAGUGGAACCCAAGUUAAUUAAUUCCUUUAUAAACAGAAUUCCACGAAAAAAAGGUGAAAUUCAUACAUGUAAAAAUGCAUGCAAGAAGCAUAUUAAUUUAAAUAUACACCUGAGACAUAAUAUAGGUGACAAGCCGUACAAGUGUACACAGUGUGAGAAGUGUUUUCUUACAAAUUCAGAUUUUAUUAAACACCGGAGAGUUCAUACAGGUGAAAAGCCCUUCAGAUGUUCUCAGUGUGGGAAGUGCUUUUCCAAAAUAUACAAUCUAAACAUCCAUCUGAGAAUUCAUACGGGUGAAAGGCCCUAUAAAUGUAUUCAGUGUGAGAAGAGUUUUUAUAUAAAAUCUGAUUUAAAUGUUCACUUGAGAACUCAUUCAGGUGAAAAGCCAUACACAUGUAUUCAGUGUGGGAAGUGUUUUUCUCGAAGUUCUCAUUUGUGUAGCCACCUGAGAAUUCAUACAGGUGAAAAACCCUACAAAUGUUCUCAGUGCGAGAAGUCCUAUUCCACAAUAUAUAAUUUAAAAAUCCAUCUGAGAAUUCACACAGGUGAAAAGCCCUACAAGUGUACGCAGUGCGAGAAGUGUUUUAGAACAAAAUCGGUAUUAAUUAAACACCUGAGAAUUCAUACAGGAGAAAAACCAUACAAGUGUACACAGUGUGGGAAGUGUUUUUCUAGAAAUUCAGUUUUAUUUCAACACCAGAGAAUCCAUACAGGUGAAAAGCCGUACACAUGUGUUCAGUGUGGGAAGUGUUUUUUUCAGCGUUACCAUUUAUGUAGGCACCUGAGAAUUCAUGCAAGGGAAAAGCUGUAGAAGUGUACAGUGUGAGAUGUGUUUUUCUACAAAUUUGGCUUCUAUUAACACAUCAGAUAAUUCAUACAGGUGAAAAGCUCUGCAAAUAUAUUCACUGAGGAAAGUGCUUUUCCUUGUGUGUAAUUUCAUUAGCCCCUGAGAAUUGAUCUAGUUGAGCUUUCAUCCAAUUGUUCACAUGUACACUUAUUCAUGUGUGUUCUAAACCUUUCUCUUAAUGUUAUGAACCAUUAUCAUUUUCAGCCACACACACACACACACACACACAAUCACCAGCAGUAAAAUUUUAACAAUCUUUCCUACUCGCUAGAUAGACUUCUUCCACAGAGGCUUUUCAUCAAAGCCACCACUGUUAGGUAACAACUCCAAUUAAAAAAUUUAAAAAAUUUUCAAUUAAAAAAAUGUAUUGUGCUCAUUUUCUAGCGAAUUUUCAGGUUGAAGUUUGCACGUAUAAUGUAUUCUUUUUUUUCAUCUGCAGUGUUGUAGUGAAUGUUUCCUGUUUCCUGUAUAGUAGCGCUGUGUAGUUCCCCUGUGGUAUUCCUUGCUGAUUGUACUUUGGACAAGAAAUUGGAAAAGUGACAAACUGGGAUCCUAUUUUAUUUUUUAAAUGUGUCAUUUUCCUUAGAGUCAUUAAGGUGAUAUUUUUUGAUGAUAAAGUUGACACCAGUGUGAUUUGUGCAAACAAUGUGAAAACUGUUUGGAUAUGCUGUCAAAAGAAACAUGGUAAUGUGUAUUGCAAAGUUGUUUCCUGAAAAUGAACUUGACAUUAUUGACUUUCCGUUCUUUUACUGCAAAUGCAGAGGCUGUAAUGUGUAUGCCAGCUAAAGCUCACCAUUAGACUUCAGAUAGUGUAAAAUUAUUUCAUAUACAACACUGAAAAAUAAUGAGUGAAACAAACAUCCUCAACUGCUUUAUCUAACAAAACAUACUAUGUGCUCAUGCAAGGUCUUUAUUCCAUGUAAAUGUUUCUUUUCUCUUUUACUGCCCUGUUUGUAAAUGCAGUUUCAUUAACGUUGCACAUAACUCAUAAUACUAAUUGUGCAAGAAAUUGACUCGAGUGUGAGCUGUUGUAAUUAUUUUAAACAUUUUCAAUUUGUCUGAAUGUAAAGUUUUUUUAUCUUUAAAGAACUUAAUAUGCAUCUCAAUUAAAAUUUGAAUUUGUAACAAA